GACUGGCAGCGCCACGGACAGGUGGGAGCAGCCAGACAGCCCGAGAGAGGGAGCCCAGAACGCAGCGAGAGCGAGAGCGUGAAGUAGGCAGGGAGAGGCGCCGGGAGAGAUAGACAGCCGCACGCGCGCGCCUCCACCCUCCACGCGCCCUCCUCGCACCGCGCGCAGCGGCCAGGAGCGCAGAGUGGGAGAGGACCGUGGGCACAGGAGGCCGGAAGAGGGACGCUGCGUUGCUGGCGGGACGGAGGGAUUCGGACGGACGGACAGACCAGCGCGCAGACUGGCAGCCUGCGAGAGUGACAGCUUCGAGAGCAGAGCGCAGGCUAGCGGGAAUCCCGCGCGGAGCUGCUGGUCGGACCGACAGACGGUCGGACUGACAGACGCGCAGACGGACAGAAGGGCAGACGGGAGGCGGGGGCGCGUUCACUCCCCGCGGCCGGCCAGGCGGAGCAGGCGGCGGUGGCACCUUCUGAGCGCGCCCGGAGCGGAGACCGGCGGCAGCAGGUGCAGCGGGGACGCCAGCCGCGACCGAGCCGCCGCCGCCGCAGCCCUGGCUGCCACAGCUGUGCGGAACUCCAGCCGACACUGCAGAAAGCUCCGUUUACUAGCAGUUAAAUAAAUCAACCAAAAACCAAACAAACAAACCGACCCAACAACAACAACAAAGCCAAGCCAAAAGCCAAAACAAACCCAGCCAAAUCAAUCACUGAGAAACAAUACUAUUAAUAAAAUCCAAAACUAAACCAAACCCAUCAAGGCACCAAGACGCAGGGGGGAUAUCCACUGUUCGAUCAAGUUUUUUGAUUUUUGAUUUUCUGCCAGUAUGACCCUCAGCCUCUCAAAACAAGAAGGAUGUUCCUCAAAGUUGAAAUGAAUCUAUAUAAGAUUUUGUUCAAAUGAAGAAUCAAUUCAAAUGAUUUCUAACCCCUCCUCAUCUACUUUGGAGAUAAAAACUGCUAUGAUUGCUUUGAGUAAACAGACAAGUGGAGAUGACAGGAAAUCAUUUUUCAUUUAUUAAAAAUCAGAAAACCUUUGACACACAUUUUAAAAUAAAUACAACUACUCCUUUGAUCAUCUGUGUAUGUAUUACCACGGGGCUUAAAUAUCUUAAUAGGAUUUCAGUUAAUGUCAUUUUCAUGAAAGACAGUCAUUUGGAAGCCAAGAGCUCUAUGUUUUGUUCAAAUAGCCGAGUAAUCUACUAUCUUGGCCGUAAUUGCUUUUGCUGCAUUUCUAAUGUGUACUGCAUGAAGAGGUUAUGAAUACACUCAAGUGCAUGUGGGUUUUCAAGGUAUGUAUUUGUGUUUGAUCCUAUAUUUCCUUUGUUAUAACAUUCUCCUACUUUUCAUCACUUUGACUAAUAGAAUAUUUGUAAAUUUUCUGGAGAGUGAGUUUGGGCAUAUGUUUUGAGGGAUAUGCUUCCGCAUCAUAAAAGAUAUGGAAGCAUAAUUGAUUACUUGCUUAUCAAUAAUAUUUUGAUUUUGUUUAAAUGAAAUUUUUAAGACAUUUGGAUUGCUAUGCAUUCAUGUUUUAAAUUUACCCUCUCUGGGCAUGAUUUAUGUCAUUCAAUAAAUAAAAUAACUAAGUUACUUUAGAAAAAUGCCUAUUAAACAAAGUACUUUGUUUAGAGGAGGUAUAUUUAAACAAACUUACACAGCUAAAGAAAUUGACUUUCAUCUUCUCUGUGACUUAAUUUCACUACCUGCUGAUUUGACCUUUGCAGUAUUUAGCUCAAACCAAGACAGAAUUGUGUGUGCUGUUAGCUUUGCAAAUUGCUGAUCUCCCAGUGACUUUCCCUCUUAGAUCCCAGUUGAGUAUGGUUACCUUGAGAACUGUGGUAUUAGCCGUGUUAGAGCAUGCUCCACUAGGGAGUUCUGUGCAGUCUAUUUUUAAUGCUAUUUAAUGAAGGAGCGAGCGCCUCACUCAGCAAUAAAAGAAGCAUGAGGGAAGACAGAGCAGUGCAUGGUUAUGGAUACUGGACAAGGAUAUUUGGAAAGGUGAAGACUGACCACUGAAUAUGGUAAUUUUAAUUAAGUCCUAAUAUGUUGUAUGAAUGGAAAUACUGAUUUUUGUUAGAGAAUUAUACAUGAAUAGUUCAAUGGAUGUUUUCGUAAACCUCUUCACUAGUUCUUAGAAAGAAGACUCAAUAAUUUGAGUUUUUAAAACUUGAGGGGGAUACUAACUGGGAAAUUCCUGCAUGCAUACUAUUUUUAAUACAAGCUGUCGUAUUCUUGGGUGGUGAGAAGUGCAGGAAUAAUUUCAAAUUCCUAAAAUAUUGUUCUGGUGAAAGGUUUGGAGCUCGUAUAACAUUCUGCGGAUAAAAUAACUAAUGUGGCUCUAAGAUACCACCAUAACCUGAAGCUCUGCCUUGUGAAUUGCUUCAUUUUCUUUUAUGAACUUGGAGUCUAGGUCCAGAAUUGUGACAACUCAAGAAGCAGGAAGUUUUGAUUGAACUUGACAAGAAUAUUUGGGUUGUUUUGUCUCCUUAGCAUUAAGAUAAGCACCGCAGAUUAUCUUACUGAAGGUUAAAUAUUUAAAAAUAUAUAUAGCAGAGGCAGCACUGAUAACUUUUGGCAAGUUGUAAUGAGGGGCAAAAUAUCUUAGCAUUAUAGUGUGUACAAUGCAAGAAGCCAUCUGUCUGCAACAUUUGCAUAUAUACUGAACACCUGUCUUGAGGUAGAAAGUGAGAAUGUUCAAUCAGAAAGGUCUUGUGUUGAUUUUCAUAUUAACAACUUACUAUAAUCAGGUUAUUCUUUUGUUCAGAGUAAAGCUAAUUAGACAAAAUGCUUAAGUAGUUUCAAAGUUAAUAAACAUAAGAGAAAGUAAGUAGUUUAUUAGAUGGGGAAGUUAGUCAUAUAAUUUUUAAAUAAAGGUGUUAGAACAAUGUGUAAAGUUGAUCUGGAUUUUUGCCAAUUCUUAUGAAGAAUGAUCCCCCAAAAUAAACUACUAAGGAAAAUACAUCACAAAAAGUUACUGUGAUUUUUGUUUGUUUGUCUUUUUGACUUAGUUCUAGAGGAGGAAAACAACUCACACAAGCUAAAAUAUUUCCCUUAGUGGUCAUGCCUUUUGGACCACAAUGCUGAUACCUUUCUCAAGCUUCUCAAAUCCGUGGGCAUUCUCAUCUGAAUUCAAUGUCUAUUUUGUCUGUGGACAAGAUAAUGAUAAGCUACAUGAGUAGAGUGUAGGAUGAGUCAGCCACUGAAGAUACAAUAUACAAGGUAGCCAGAAGUGAAUAUGAUAGAGAAUUCUCAUUAGUAUGAGGAGACAGUUUGUCAUCCAUCAGGUUGGAAAUUACAAAUUAAUCAUUUGUAUAAAGUCAGUUUAAUUCAGAUCGGCUUUGUGACACGGUUAGGAAAGAAUGUGGGGCUUAAAGGUGAUGUCGACAAUGAAAGCCAUUUCUUCAUAUGGUUGACGAUGUGUCACACUGUGUAAGGGAAUCGCAUGGAGAUGGGCAUUCCGAACUGUUAAUGGGGACAUGGGACUCCAGUUGUCUCUGAUCACUUGUGUGGAUUUUCCUGGUGUAGAACGACAGAAGCCGCUAGUAAGUCGCCAAGACCUACAGCAGGAAUUCUGCACGAAAGGGUAUAAAAUCUUGCUAUUUUAAUUUGCAUCUGGGAGAAUGUCUGAGCAAGGAGACCUGAAUCAGGGCAUAGCAGAGGAAGGAGGGACUGAGCAGGAGACGGGCACUCCAGAGAACGGCGUUGUUAAAUCAGAAAGUCUGGAUGAAGAGGAGAAACUGGAGCUGCAGAGGCGGCUGGAGGCUCAGAAUCAAGAAAGAAGAAAAUCCAAGUCAGGAGCAGGAAAAGGCAAACUGACUCGCAGUCUUGCUGUCUGUGAGGAAUCCUCUGCUAGACCAGGAGGUGAAAGUCUUCAGGAUCAGGAAUCAAUUCAUUUACAGCUUUCCAGUUUUUCCAGCCUGCAAGAGGAGGAUAAAUCUAGGAAAGAUGAAUCUGAAAGAGAAAAAGAAAAGGAUAAAAACAAAGAUAAAACCUCUGAAAAACCCAAGAUCAGAAUGUUAUCAAAAGAUUGCAGCCAAGAAUACACGGAUUCUACAGGCAUAGACUUACACGAGUUUCUGAUUAACACAUUAAAGAAUAAUUCCAGGGACAGGAUGAUACUUUUGAAAAUGGAGCAGGAAAUUAUUGAUUUCAUUGCUGACAACAAUAAUCAUUAUAAAAAGUUCCCUCAGAUGUCAUCAUAUCAGAGGAUGCUUGUCCAUCGAGUGGCCGCUUAUUUUGGAUUGGAUCACAAUGUGGAUCAAACAGGAAAAUCUGUUAUCAUCAACAAGACCAGCAGCACCAGAAUACCAGAGCAAAGGUUUUGUGAACAUUUAAAAGAUGAAAAAGGUGAAGAAUCCCAGAAGCGGUUUAUCUUGAAGCGAGAUAACUCUAGUAUUGAUAAAGAAGACAAUCAGCAAAACAGAAUGCAUCCAUUUAGAGAUGACAGACGAAGUAAAUCAAUUGAAGAGAGAGAAGAGGAAUAUCAGAGAGUGAGGGAGAGAAUAUUUGCACACGAUUCAGUUUGCUCCCAGGAAAGCCUUUUUGUGGAAAACAGUAGGCUCUUGGAAGACAGUAACAUAUGCAAUGAAACCUAUAAGAAAAGACAGCUCUUUCGGGGCAACAGAGAUGGCUCAGGGAGAACAUCCGGGAGUCGACAGAGCAGCUCAGAAAAUGAACUCAAGUGGUCUGAUCACCAGAGGGCCUGGAGCAGCACAGACUCUGACAGUUCCAACCGCAAUCUGAAGCCCGCCAUGACCAAGACGGCGAGUUUUGGGGGCAUCACGGUGCUGACCAGGGGUGACAGCACUUCUAGUACCAGGAGUACCGGGAAGCUGUCCAAAGCAGGUAGUUCGGAGUCUUCCAGCAGCGCAGGCUCCUCAGGAUCGCUGUCCCGCACCCAUCCACCUCUCCAGAGCACACCCCUGGUCUCAGGCGUGGCAGCUGGUUCUCCAGGCUGUGUGCCUUAUCCAGAGAAUGGAAUAGGGGGCCAGGUCGCUCCCAGCAGCACCAGCUACAUCCUUCUUCCACUUGAAGCUGCAACAGGCAUCCCGCCUGGAAGCAUCCUUCUUAAUCCACACACAGGCCAGCCCUUUGUGAAUCCCGAUGGAACUCCUGCAAUAUACAACCCACCCACCAGUCAGCAGCCCCUGCGAAGCGCCAUGGUGGGGCAGUCCCAGCAGCAGCCGCCGCAGCAGCAGCCCUCCCCGCAGCCCCAGCAGCAGGUCCAGCCACCGCAGCCACAGAUGUCAGGCCCUCUGGUCACUCAGGGGCUGCAGGCUUCCUCCCAGUCAGUGCAAUAUCCAGCAGUCUCUUUUCCUGCCCAGCACCUCCUGCCUGUGUCUCCAGCGCAGCACUUUCCCAUGAGAGACGAUGUGGCUACACAGUUUGGCCAGAUGACCUUGAGCCGGCAGUCCUCGGGGGAGACUGAACCCCCAUCAGGUCCUGUCUACCCGUCCUCACUUAUGCCACAGCCAGCCCAGCAGCCAAGCUAUGUCAUCGCCUCUACAGGCCAGCAGCUUCCUACAGGAGGAUUCUCAGGCUCUGGCCCUCCCAUCUCCCAGCAGGUCCUCCAGCCCCCCGCCUCACCACAGGGAUUUGUGCAACAGGCUCCACCUGCACAGAUGCCUGUCUAUUAUUAUCCAUCUGGUCAGUACCCUACCUCAACCACACAACAGUACCGGCCCAUGGCCUCAGUUCAGUACAAUGCCCAGAGGAGUCAGCAGAUGCCACAGGCAGCCCAGCAAGCAGGUUACCAGCCAGUUUUGUCUGGUCAGCAGGGAUUCCAAGGCCUAAUAGGAGUGCAGCAGCCACCUCAGAGUCAGACCGUGAUGAAUAACCAAGGAACUCCGAUGCAAAGUGUGAUGGUUUCCUACCCAACUAUGUCUUCUUAUCAGGUGCCAAUGACCCAGGGUUCUCAAGGACUGCCCCAGCAGUCAUACCAACAGCCAAUCAUGCUACCUAACCAGGCAGGUCAAGGGUCACUCCCAGCCACUGGAAUGCCUGUUUACUGUAACGUCACACCGCCCACCCCUCAGAACAACCUUAGGCUGAUUGGCCCACACUGCCCCUCCAGCACUGUCCCAGUGGUGUCGCCUAGCUGCAGGACAAACUGUGCGAGUAUGAGCAAUGCCGGUUGGCAGGUCAAAUUCUGAGAGCUCUGGCUGUGGUACAUUUUUUCAGAUAUUUCUCAUAGCCUUUGAUGGAAGAGGAACAAGGUGGGCGAACAGGCUGAGGACUUAAGUAUUCACUCAACACUCAAAUGAUUGCUGCUGGUAUUCUGUAAAAAAUAAACAAAGACUAAUACACACGUUAGCUGGUUAAUGGUGCAUAUUUCUGUCAUGUCUGCUAGGUAUGCCUUUAUAGCUUAGCUAGUGACAUGAAUUCAUCAAGGUAAGAUUUUCUCCUACCACUGAAUACCACUGUGUACACUAUAAUAUCCCUAAUUUGGAUUAGUUUUGUACUUUGUGUUGAGUUUGUGAUGCUAAAAGUAUUUAAAAAUUAUAUACUAAAUCACAUUGUACCAAAGCUGUAAUGGAAAAGAAAAGAAGAAUUGAUGAAUUGAAGGAAUAAUUUAUAUACAUUAUAGAGUUUUCUUUUUUAAUGGAUAUAUACUGUAUUGUAGUGUUUAAUCAAAAUAAAACUAUUUGGCCUUAUGGAGGAAGGUCAUGUUUUUACCACCA